AACACUUUAGGGUUUUUAUCUACAUCGCUCGCCCCCACCACCACUCAGACCUCCGCAUAUACCAAAAUGAGCGACGAUACUCCGCCACCGGCACAUCAAUCAGCCUCCAACGAUGCAACCCCAUGUACAACGGUGCAGAAAGCUCGUUUCUCAGAUCGAGUCCGGAUCCGCUCGAUCCUGGGCCGACCCGACGGCGGAGCCGGGCUCGCGGGUCAGAAGGUCCGAAUCAGCGGGUGGGUGAAAACCGGGAGGGAGCAAGGGAAAGGCGCUUUCGCUUUCCUCGAGGUGAACGACGGAUCGUGCCCGGCGAAUCUCCAGGUCAUGGUGGACGCCUCGGUCUCGGAUCUCUCAAGGCUGAUCGCGACGGGGACUUGCGUGACCGUCGACGGGUGUUUGAAGAUUCCUCCGGAAGGGAAAGGGACGAAGCAGAAGGUGGAGCUUAGCGUUGUGGAGGUGGUUGAUGUGGGGACGGUGGAUACCGCCACGUACCCGAUUCCGAAGACGAAGCUUACUCUUGAGAGGUUGAGAGAGUUUCCUCAUCUUCGUUCGAGGACCAAUUCGAUCUCUGCAAUUGCAAGAAUCCGACACGCGCUUGCUAUAGCCACCCACACAUUCUUCGAUGAGGAAGGCUUCCUAUACAUUCAGACUCCAAUCAUCACAACAAGUGACUGCGAAGGAGCUGGAGAGAUGUUCCAAGUAACGACUCUGAUCAACCAUACUGAGAAGCUGGAGAGGGAUCUCAUUGAGAACCCUCCGCCCACCGAGGCUGACGUCGAAGCCGCCAGGGCCAUCGUCAAGGCGAGAGGUGAAGCUGUGGCGCAGCUCAAAGCUGCUAAAGCAAACAAGGAAGAGAUCACUGCUUCCGUCGCUGAGCUCAACGAGGCUAAAGUGAGUUUAGCUAGGACCGAAGAGAGGUCAAGACUCAAGCCUGGAUUGCCUAAAGCUGAUGAUGGGAAGAUUGAUUACUCGCAAGAUUUCUUCGGUCGUCAAGCGUUCUUGACGGUGUCUGGUCAGUUACAAGUGGAGACUUACGCUUGCGGUCUCAGCGAUGUGUAUACGUUUGGUCCUACUUUCCGGGCAGAGAACUCUCACACCUCGAGGCAUCUUGCUGAGUUCUGGAUGGUUGAACCUGAGUUAGCUUUUGCUGAUCUAGAGGACGAUAUGAACUGCGCAGAGGCGUAUGUGAGAUACAUGUGCAAGUGGCUGCUUGAGAAACGUUACGAUGACAUGGAGCUCAUGGCGAAGAACUUCGACAAAGGCUGUAUUGAUAGGCUGAAACUGGUUGCGUCGACUCCGUUUGGUCGUUUAACGUACACCAAAGCGAUAGAAGUGCUUGAGGAAGCUGUGGCGAAAGGAAAGAAAUUUGAGAACCCAGUGGAGUGGGGAAUCGACUUAGCAUCUGAGCACGAGAGAUACUUGACAGAGGUUGUGUUUCAAAAGCCGCUGAUUGUGUACAACUACCCAAAAGGAAUCAAAGCAUUCUAUAUGAGACUUAACGAUGAUGGAAAGACAGUUGCUGCCAUGGAUGUCCUCGUUCCAAAGGUUGGAGAACUCAUAGGUGGAAGCCAAAGGGAAGAAAGGAUUGACGUCAUCAUGGAAAGGAUUGAGGAGAUGGGACUACCAGUGGAGCCAUACGAGUGGUACUUGGACCUGAGACGGUACGGAACAGCAAAGCAUUCAGGGUUCGGACUUGGAUUCGAACGUAUGGUUCUGUUUGCGACAGGAAUGGACAACAUCAGAGACGUUAUUCCCUUCCCUCGCUAUCCUGGCAGAGCUGACCUCUAAGAAUCUCUAUGCACAAAACUCAAUUUUUAAUGUUUUUGUGAGAACUUAUUUCUGUUAAUUCUACAUUGUACGUUGCUAAAUGAAUGAUGAUUUGGAUAUUUUACUUUUAUCUGGAACUGGGUUUGUUUUGUUA